CCCCUGGACAUACGUUCGUGAUCUUUCAGUCUGAAACUUACGCUUUGCAUCACAUUGUUUUCGUUGAAGAGCGUCAUAGGUCAUGGCCGCCAAUUAUUCGAGCCCGUAUGAGCUUCCGCCACUUCCCGAAUACACAUUGCGCCCUCAGCCUCCAGUAGUUUCUUGGAUACCCGACAGUUAUCUUACGCUCAUACUGCCCAUAAUUGGAUACUGGGUUGUAUCACUAUUCUUUCACUUCAUCGACGUCUACGACCUCUUCCCACAAUACCGUCUGCACACACCGGUCGAGCUUCUGAAGCGCAACCACGCGUCGAGAUGGGACGUCCUCCGAGACGUCAUUCUUCAACAAAUCAUACAAACUUUGUUUGGCCUCGUGCUUGCACAACUGGAUGGAGAGUCUUUCUAUGGUAAAGAGGAGUAUGAUGUCUCUGUGUGGGCACAACGGAUCCGGAUUGCUCAGCGCGUGAUUCCAAGCGCCCUUGCGUUUGUCGGCAUCGAUGCGAUUGGACUCUCUAUAAAAGUCGCCGCAUCGCACAAGAUCCUGGCCGGUGUCAUUGCUGGCGGACAGUACCCUUGGCUCUCUCAGUUGGAGUCGGUCACUGGUCAAUCCACAAGUGCACCUGCGUUUGCAUCUUGGGAGCUCAGCGUUGCUCAUGCGAUCUAUUAUUAUGUCGUUCCAGCGCUGCAGUUCCUCUUCGCCAUAUCAUUUGUGGACACAUGGCAAUAUUUCCUUCACCGUGCCAUGCACAUGAAUAAAUGGCUUUACACUCAAUUCCACGCCCGCCACCACCGUCUAUACGUUCCUUAUGCGUAUGGGGCACUUUACAAUCAUCCCGUGGAAGGCUUUGCUCUUGACACGCUUGGUACCGGUCUCGCUUAUCUUGCGUCAGGCCUCACCGUUCGCCAGUCCAUGUGGCUUUUCACGUGCUCGACGAUCAAGACCGUAGAUGAUCACUGCGGAUAUGCCCUGCCGUUCGACCCACUACAACUCAUCACGUCGAACAAUGCGGCGUACCACGAUAUUCACCAUCAAAGCUGGGGUAUCAAGACCAAUUUCUCACAGCCAUUUUUUACGUACUGGGACCGUCUUCUCGGCACAAUUUGGAAGGGAGAUGUGUCGUUGAAGUACGAGCGGUCACGUGUUGCAGCUCAGCGCCACAUGGACAAGGAACAAAGCGAUAGGGCCAAGAGCCACGUCCCUGAGGCCAUUUUGAAGCCCAGUAUUUUUGAACAGGCCAAAGUGAACGACCUGCCGCUACCAGCGCCACAGCCCAUCUCUACACGACGAAGCCCGCGCAAGAAGAACGGAAGUUUCUCCCAGCAGUCUAUCAAGGGUCUGCGUGAUCGUGUCAAUCAGAACCUGCAAGGUAAAGGAGGCAACCUGGUCGGCGUCGAAAGCUCGCAUUAAGCUAUGAAGCCCAUCAGUUUGGAACAGUAUAUUAAUCCAGUUACCUUCUUGUACGAUAUCCCUUUUGAGUUCAUUUCUCCUGUUUAUGUUUGACGUGCUCUACGGCUGGGUAUUCAUUGGCGCUGCGGCUUCUUGGGUCCUGACAGACACCCUAUUAGUGGUGACAAUUUUAAUCGGUCAAUGGUGGCUUGGUG